CAGACGAAAGGAGAAUAUAACUGCCUUUAGUUUCAGCAGAUCUGCUCAGGACAGGUGCCUGACCCCAACAUAACACAGACUGCACUUCAGCCGUGAUGAAGACCCCACUGUGGAUGCUACUGUUGCUUGGACUGUGUAACCCAACAUGGUGUGACUGCCAGGAAGAUUGCCUGUUCUGCAGCCAACAACUCCCUAAAGAAUAUGCCUUCAACAAUUGGAUGUGUCUGGUGGAGUGUCAUGGUAAACUUUCUCCAGAUGACAACUGGGAGCUGUGUCACAGGACCAUUGUGGAACAGGAUCCAAAAGCCUCCUUUCCAAUAGGGGGCGCCAUGCUGAAAAGUGCAGAUGAGGACGCAGACACCUUUCUGCCUCUGGAUGAGAAUGAUUCUCACUAUUCUGAAACCUUCCAGAGAUUCAACCAUGUAACACGUGCUGUGGGUGCAGAAGAUCAGGACCAAGACCAAAAUUUGCAUCUAAGUAAAAAGUACAAGUUCCUACAAGUUCAGCCCAAGCAAGAAUCUGAGGACGAGCAAAAUGGAGACAGUGAGAUGGAGGGCGAUGAGGGAGAGGCUGCUAUCCACCUUAUCAAACGCUUUGGAGGCUUCCUCAAAAACAAGUACGGCUACAGGAAAUUUAUGGAUCCUGGAAGGUCUUUACAGAAGAGGUAUGGGGGAUUCAUAGGCGUCCGCAAAUCUGCCCGCAAGUGGAACAACCAGAAACGUUUUAGCGAGUUUCUCAAGCAGUACAUGGGGAUGAGCACUCGAGCUAGCGAGAUUAAUAGAAUGUCUGCUGAUAUCACCCAAAAGAAUGACUAAAGCUUGGACUUUUAUGGCAAAUAAACAUACCCAGCAAACCACCAUAUGUUAUGCGCAGUCGAACGAUAUCUUACACCUCUCUCCUCAAACUCCACACAUGCAUAAAAAAAUCCAUAAUGCUAAAGGGUUAGCAUUAACUUAUAUGACAAACAAGAUGUACAUUAAGAGAUCCUUAAAGGUGCACUCAGUAACUGUU